CCUUUUGCCUCCUUGAACUUUCCUCUUUCUCUAGGGCUUGCACUGCAGAGCAGCCAGCCAGCCACUCGCACACACACGCACACACUCCGACAAUGGAUCAAUAAUCUCGGCGAAUUUCUUCAGGUUCGCCAAUUUCACUCGUUCUGUAUCAAUCUGGGUUUGUGUUUUCGAUACCUUAGUUUUGGCGAUCUUUUGCUCCAUCAUCUUCUUCGGUGAAUUAGUGCUCUCCUGCCAUGGAUGACAAUGAAUCAGUUUCCAUGCUCAUGGACUCUACAACCUCUAAGAUACAGCAGCUUCAGAAAGCAUUUGCUGAACUGGAAAGUCAGCGAGCCGUAACUCUUAAUCUGAAAUGGAAGGAACUAGAAGAACAUUUCCGUGGGCUCGAGAAGUCCUUGAAGAGACGCUUUCAUGAGUUGGAAGAUCAAGAGAAGGAAUUUGAAACUAAAACAAGGAGAUCCCGGGAAAUCUUGAAGAAGCGUGAAGCAGCUGUGGGGGCCAAGGAACAAUCUUCACUGGAGAAGCUCCAAGGGAAGAGAGAUGCUGCUGUCUUUGCUAUUACUAAUGCUCUGGACAAGCACAGGAAGGCAUCAUAUGUGGAGACUGCUGUUGUUACUAGUGAUGAACAAUUUGAGGCCCCAACUGCUGAAGAGAAAGAUAACAUGUCUUCUGAGAACAGUUUAGAAGACCCCCUAAGUUCUGAAAUUGGAAGCAUGGAGGUGAAAUGUUAUCCACAGUUAAUCAAACUAUGUGAAGAAAUGGACUCAGAAGGGCUCCACCAAUUUAUAUCAGACAACCGUAAAAACCUUGCUGCUCUAAGAGAAGAAAUUCCAUUUGCAUUGAAAGCUGCAGCAAACCCAGCCUAUUUAGUGCUGAAUUCCUUGAAGGAUUUCUACCCAACAGAAGUACCAGCUAUCGAUGGGAAGAAGGAUUCAAACCUAUUGGGUCUCCGCCGAACCUGUAUUAUGUUAAUGGAGUGCCUUAGCAUUUUGUCAACAUAUACGGAUCUUGUUUCUGUAUCUGAUUUAAUAUCUGAAGCGGUUAAGGAGCAGGCAAAGAGAAUUGCUGAAGAAUGGAAACCGAAGUUGGAAGCUCUUGAUUUGGAUGCUAGCAAUGGGAACUCCUUGGAGGCUCAUGCAUUUUUGCAACUUAUGGCCAGUUUUGGCAUUGCCUCCCAUUUUGACGACAAAGAAUUAUCCAGGCUAAUACCGAUGAUCUCUCGUCGUCGUCAAACAGCUGAUUUGUGUCGUUAUCUUGGACUGUCAGACAAAAUGCCGGGUGUAAUUGAAGUGCUGGUAAAUAAUGGAAGGCAAAUUGAUGCAGUUAACCUGGCUUUUGCUUUUGAGCUUACAGAGAAGUUUUCACCUGUUCCAUUGCUGAAAUCCUAUUUGAAAGAGGCAAGGAAAACUUCUUCACCCAGCAAGCCAGGAAACAUGUCUCCUUCCGGACAGAAUGAAGUCAAUGAUCGGGAACUGACUGCCCUUAAAGCUGUGAUGAAAUGCAUUGAGGAGCAUAAGCUCGAGGAGCAGUAUCCUGUGGACCCACUCCAGAAACGGGUUGUUCAGCUGGAGAAGGCUAAGGCAGACAACAAAAGGGUAACUGAAGUUGUUAAGCCUCAACCCAAAAGACCUCGUGCUAAUGGUGUAGGUUGUGGGCCUCGUGUCACUAAUGUUGCCGCUGAGAUGACAUUCUACCCUAGAGUUGCUGACAGGUACCCACAAUACGUGUAUGACAGACCAUACAUGUACACCGCACCUGCUGACAACCAUGUUCCCUCUCUCAUGGGUUCUGCCACCUACGGUUUCUCUCCUAAUCAUGGCAAUUACUUUGGAAAUGGUUACCAGUAUCAGGCCCCAUAUCUUCACUAGUUUAGUAAAUAUCGCAACAAGACUCUGUUUAACCGUUAGCUUAACCCUUCAGUUAUGUGAUCUGAUGUUGCAGUUUAUGAAUUAGUACCUCCCCCCACCCCCCGAAAAAAAAAUUCAAAAAAUUGUCUUGUUAAUUUUUAUUCUGGAUGUACAAGAAGAUAUUUUGAUCCUCUAAUAUGUGAACUACUCUGUUUUCAUGUGUAUAUGACUCUGCUUAUUUUGUUGCU